AUGGCUUCUGGAGAGCAGGCCUCGACUUCCAGCGCUGAUAAACAACUGGACGUGAACAUACUUAAGGAGAUAGCGAAAAAGGAUCUCGUAAAUGGUGCCAAAACACUUGUUCUGGACGCGUCACUGGCGGGACCCCUUGGACUUGUCACUGAAGUCUCGCUACUGAAGCAUCAUGGCGUGGACAAGAUGUUUUGGUUAGAGCCAGGUCCAUUGACUUCGUCAACCAACAACAUCGUAUACAUAUGUCGGCCGCGGAUCAAACACGUUAAGAUUAUUGCUGAUCAUAUUAAAAGACACGCGAAAGAGUCCCGGAAACACAAUUAUACGCUGCUACUGGUUCCACGGGUUUCCACUCUCGUAUCUAGAAUUCUAGAAGAAGAGGGUGUCCUCGGAGACGUUACCAUAUCCUCAUACAAUUUACAAUUUAUCCCUAUAGCUGAAGACGUCAUAUCACUGGAACACGAGAACACACUGAGAGAAUUAUGGGUUGAUGGAGAUGAGACCAUUAUCUAUGAUUCUGCACAGGCUUUACUCAACGUACAGAGAAUCUUCGGACACUUUCCUCAGAUAAUUGGGAAAGGAGACUACGCUCAGGCAAGACGUCUUGCGACUUUAUUGUCACGUCAAAACCCCAAAGCGAGUAAUGGCUCGAGUCCGGAACCGCUUUCCUCAUCUUCCUCCAAGAUCGAUUCAUUGAUCAUUCUGGAUAGAAGGGUGGAUAUGAUAACCCCAUUGCUUACGCAGCUAACAUACGAAGGUCUUGUGGAUGAAUUGGUCGGAAUUAAGAAUUGCAAGUCUUUCAACACUACGGCUGGAGCUACGAGCGCUCCAACUGCCUCUACCUCGACGACUCCUGCUGCCAUUCCGGUCGUCGCGGUAAAAAAGGACGCGAAGAAAAAGCAUCACCUGACAACUGCAACGGACCCUCUUUUCGCGGAGCUGAGGGAUCUCAAUUUUUCAUCUGUGGGUAAGAAACUUAACCAGGUUGCACGCCGCCUGAACGAGGACUACAAGACCAACUUGCAAGGACAGACUGUCGCCCAAUUGCGGGAUUUUGUCGGGAAGCUUGGAGGUCUCCAAACAGAGCACCAAGCUCUGGGACUACACACAAGGCUAUCGGAAUUGAUCGUUCCUCUUACCAGGACCGAUGUAUUCAACAAAUCUCUUGAGAUCCAGCAAAAUUUAUUGGCUUCUUACGAGGUCACUGCACAACUCAAUGCAAUUGAAGACCUCAUAGCACAAGGUGCCGACAUGCAGAUUGUGCUGCGACUGUUGUGCCUCGCCAGCUUGACAGCGGGAGGUGUGAAGGCCAAGAACCUGGAAAACAUUAAGCGUGAGAUUCUGCAAGCUUAUGGAUACGAAUAUCUACCGUUGCUACUUUCUUUAUCUGCACCAUCUCUCUCCGUACUGUUCCCGAACCCACUUCCGCCGUCCACGCCUUCAUCAGUUGCUGCACUGAAAUACCCCUUUGCUCAGCUUCGCAAGUCACUCCGCCUUCUUAUCGACGACAAUCCAGAAGCUUUGGAUGAAGUGGAAAAUGACAUCAGCUUCGUUUAUUCUGGAUACGCCCCCAUUAGCGUGAGGCUUGUUCAAUGCAUAGCUCAAAAGGGAGGUGUCAUAAGCAACCCGGCUGAGAAGGAGAAAGCGAGCAACGAGGCGAACAGUGCAGGGGAUCAGAAGAAGCUAUCUAUCGGAAAAGUUCAAGCACAUCCUAUUGUUGGAUGGAAAGGAUUCGAAGACGUGGUGUCUGUGAUUCCUGGCCAGACUGUGGAAAUAGUGCAAAAAACUUCGAAUAACGUUGUAGCUUCCGGUCCGUUGGCUGCCCUCGGGUCGACAACAACAACCACUGUUGUCUUUUUCCUAGGUGGAUGCACGUACACCGAGAUUGCUGCUUUACGCUGGGUGGGGCGGCAAAACAAAGGCCGCAAGUUCUUGGUAGCCACGACAGGUAUUGUUAGCGGUGCAAGUAUAAUCGAGGGAAUCGCUGGUAUCGGGCAGUCAGCAGGACCCAAGACGACAGCGGCGACUGUGUAA